AUGAGGAUUGUGAAUGUUACUUUAAUUGUUGCAGCAGUUGUGCUGUCUUUAAUCACAACCUUUGUCUCGGCACAAGGCUCAUGGAAGGUGGUCGGAAACACAGGCGUCGCCGCGAUGCACGCCAUUUUGGUGGCUCCUGAUCGAGUAUUGAUUAUUGAUAAAGCUGAAUCAAGUGAUGCAACCUUGCCAGACGGUUCAAUAGGAUGGUCAUGCGAAUAUCAUCUGGACACCAACACAUACCGUGUUUUGCCACUGACGACCAACACCUUUUGUUCAGCGGGUGCUUUUCUUGGGAACGGCACGUUCAUGAGCACCGCUGGCAGUACGCCAGUUUUACAGGAUAAAAUAAAUGCCCAAUCCGGGUUUUCCGGAAUCAGGCUUUUUCAACCAUGUCAGGAUGAUUCUUGUUCCUGGACAGAAUUACCGACACCAUUAAGUAGCUUUAGGUGGUACAAUGCUAUGGUUACUCUUCCAGACGGAAGAACCAUGAAUCUUGGUGGAUCAAAGGUGGCAACAGGAGCAAAUUCUGCAGGAAAGAACAACCCGACAUACGAGAUUUAUUCUUCUUCCGGGACAAGCAAUGCAUUCCCGAUUCAGUUCUUGGUUGACACGCUUCCAUUCAACCUUUACCCCUGUGUCCAAGUCAUUGCUGAUGGCUUCUAUCAAGGCUAUCUCUUUAUCUUUGCAAACAAAAAAUCAGUAAUCUACGAUAUUGGUCAAAACCAAGUCAUCAAAGCUCUUCCCGAUAUCCCCGGGGCUUCGCGGUCCUAUCCUCUAACUGGGUCCUGCGCUCUUCUCCCGUUGACUUAUGAAAACAACUACAAUCCCGAAGCGAUUAUUUGCGGUGGACAAACCGUGCAGUCAUACACUAGUCCGGCAGAUAAUACGUGCGGAAGAAUAAAUUUGGGUGAUCAGGACCCGGCUUGGGACAUGGAUGAUUUCGGUGGUCAAGGAAGAAUAAUGGGUGAUUCGGUUGCAUUACCGGAUGGAACACUGGUAUUUGUUAAUGGAGCUGCUACUGGAAUAGCCGGUUAUUUCGAGGGCGGUCACUACCUUCAAUCCGAUCCGGUACUAUUUCCAGUAGCUUAUAAUAUGAACGCACCCAAAGGUCAACGCUGGACGCGCUAUGCAGCAACUACCAUUCCAAGAUUGUAUCAUUCGGUGGCAAUGUUGAUUCCUGAUGGGACUAUUUGGGUGGCCGGAAGUAAUCCUAACCCAAACCCUCGUCAAAACGUUCAAUUUAUUACAGAAUACCGUGCAGAAGUGUUCACGCCUCCAUAUAUAGAUGCAUCAAAGCCACGGAUUACCAUAACAUCUUUCAACAGUUCAGCUAUCAACAAGGCACCCAUUAACGUUAAAUACAGUGCCGAAUAUCAGGUUACGUUUACGAUUGCCGGUGGUCAACCAGGUACUAUUACUUCGUCGUUGAUCCACACUGGGUUCAAGACUCACUCGCAAGCAAUGUCGAUGAGAUGUGUCAAAUUAUUGGUGGAUAAAGUGACUGCUAACGCUGAUGGGAGCUACACAACAAACGUAUGGAUGCCACCAAACGCGUUUGUUACUCCUCCCGGACCGCAGUACGUGUUUCUCUUGAACGAUGGUCAGCCGGCGGCAUCGGCGGUUCAUGUGUUGAUUGGUUAA